AUGCGCGCGGGCUCCGGGGCGCUGCUCGCGCUGCUCGCGCUCUGCGGCGCGCUCGGGACCCAGGGUGAGGACCCCACAGCCGGAGGGACCUGCAAGGCCGGCUUCUCGGAGGAGGGCUACACCGCGCUCGUCGCCCCGAGCAUCCCCGAAGGAGAGAAGCUUCUCACAGUCAAGCUCAGCAGCUGCGCGAGGACCGAGGGGCUGCAGUACGAAAGCAGCAGCCUGGACUUCAGAGUCGGGCUGGACGGGACGGUCUUCGCGGCACGGGAGCUGCGCAUCCCCUCUGGCCAGGUGGCCUUCACCGUCGCUGCGCGGGACCGCCGGACGGCCGAGCGCUGGGAAGCUGUGGUGCGGCUGCGGGUGGCGCCCGCCGUGCCCUCGCACCCCGGAAAUGCAGUGGACCUUCUACCCGGGACCUUCUACCACAAUGACCUUCUACCCGGACGACCCCCCACCCAGGACCUUCUACCCAGUGCAGAUUUUCUGCCCACAGUUGGUUGGCUGGACCUGCCUACGAGGAGCCUUCGAUGCCAAAGGCCGACCAGCUGGUCUCGUGUCCCCGGCCCUCACAGAGCCAGCCCACUGGGGGUGAAGACAGGCCUGCCCCCGAGACCCUGGCGGCAGGUGCCGGCUCCCUGCCUUCCUGACGGGUCUCUGCUGACACGGCGCCGGGCCCUGGCCUUCACGCGAGGCAGCGCUUCUUGCCUGAAGCUGCGCAGCUUCCCGACGACACCGUGUGCACUCGGGCGGUGUAUUUCAAGGUGUUCCAAGGAUACAAUUGUUCCUUUUCCUGUCAUCAAUGUGAAUUUUCAAAUAAAAAAAAAGAGGCAUCGGAUUCAGCUCUAAGAUAAUAGAUGGAAAAACAGAAUAAUAAAAUUUAUCAAUCCCCAAAAUGUAAGAGAAGAGAAAUGGCUGUAUAGCUCUCUUUGAGUAAGA